AUGGAACUGUCAGAUUUAGCACUUGUACUUGGUAUAUUACUCUCACUAACUGAUUCUUCCAAAGCGGUACCGCGAAAGAUUAUUAUUCACUGGCUCAAUUUGCUUCCUCAAAGGGAACUGUUCAUGAUACUAGCAGGUAGCGGUAUCGGAAUGAAGCGUGAGGGAUUCGAUGGCGAUAUUCGGUUGACUUUACCACUACGGGAGCCCAGGUUUUUGAGACCGGGUGGCAGAAGAUGGUCAAGUUCUACAAUAUUGCUAUUUGUCUCUUUGCUUGAAAACGUGACUUUUAUAAAUUUUGGGGCUCCAAUUGGCAAUAAAUACUACAAAGAAUUUGUGAUAUACGACUUUCAAUGUGUUAAGGACUUAAUAUAUAUAUAUAGGUCCUUUGUCCCUUUUUUACACGUUUGGACAGGUGGUGAUGAAAAUGCAAUCAUUCCUUUUUGGGCUCAUUUUGCCAUGUUCAGCCGGUAUCCGUUGACUGUUGAUGAUUAUAAAGUUACAUAUCCAGUGCAAUUUGAAGCAAGCAAAGAUUUCAACUUAUGUUUCAACCACCCUUUUUUCCAACGCUGGCGUAGCAAGCUCAAUGAAAACUUACUACCCCGUUUAUGCAUGUUUCAGCAUAUAAGAUCGCUUGAGAUAAGUAUGACUGUUGAUCAGUACACCAAUUAUAUGUCUCAUAUGCAAGAUUCAUUUUCAAAUUACUAUGCACGCCCCGUGAAUUUGUGUGUACGACUAAGCUUUGAUGCUAACGACACGGAAUCCCCACCUAAUUUCCCCAUCAGAUGGAUCACAGACACUUUCAUAACUACGGAAGUGGAAUCGUUUGCUUUGCAUUAUUUUGCACCCAACACUCAGUUUUCACAACUUUUCUCAUUGCUUUCUAAAAUGCCGCAUCUUCACAAGCUUAUACUCAGUUUUGGUUAUUUGGAAAUUUCAGAAAUAGUUCAAUGGGCACCUAAGACCAAGAAAUGUCUUGAGCAGAUUCAACUCAAAAUAGCUCGCAAUUGCUUUAAGUUGUUGCCGGUUCAAGAGGUUAGAGAACAGUGGCUGACAUUCUUUUUAGAUGAGUAUGUCUUGUUAAAUUACAUCAAAAAGAAGUCAAGAUGGCACAAGUCGUUGUUCAAGAAAUAG